AAGUACAUCUCCCAACUCCCACCCAACUCUUCCUAUCUAUUGUGCGCCUAUAUUCCUUAUCCUGUGCACCUGUUCCUACACCACCAUGGAUCUCCUCCUAUUGGAGAAGACACUCUUAGCCCUUUUCGUGGCCGUGGUUCUCGCCAUCACCAUCUCUAAGCUUCGCGGCAAACGAUUUAAACUCCCUCCCGGUCCUAUGACCGUACCCGUAUUCGGUAACUGGCUCCAAGUCGGAGAUGACUUGAACCACCGUAACCUUACCGAAUUAGCUAAGAAAUUCGGCGACAUUUUCUUGCUCCGGAUGGGCCAGAGAAACCUCGUCGUUGUCUCUUCCCCGGACCUCGCCAAAGAGGUCCUUCAUACCCAAGGAGUUGAAUUCGGGUCAAGGACCCGAAAUGUUGUAUUCGAUAUUUUUACGGGUAAAGGACAGGAUAUGGUGUUCACGGUUUACGGUGAGCAUUGGAGGAAGAUGAGACGGAUUAUGACCGUCCCUUUUUUUACUAACAAGGUGGUGCAGCAGUACAGAUACGGUUGGGAAUCCGAGGCUGCGAGCGUUGUCGAGGAUGUGAAGAAGAAUCCCGAAUCAUCAACGACUGGGAUCGUUCUGAGGAGACGGUUGCAGCUGUUGAUGUACAACAACAUGUACAGGAUCAUGUUCGACCGGAGGUUCGACAGUGAAGAUGAUCCAUUGUUUGUGAAACUCAAGGCGUUGAACGGAGAGAGAAGUAGAUUGGCUCAGAGCUUCGAGUACAACUAUGGCGAUUUCAUUCCAAUUCUGAGACCUUUCUUGAGGGGCUAUUUGAAAAUUUGCAAAGAAGUGAAGGAAAGGAGGUUAAAGCUCUUCAAGGACUUUUUUGUCGAAGAGAGGAAGAAGCUAGCAAGCACGAAGAGUACGGACCAUGAAGGAUUGAAAUGUGCGAUAGACCAUAUUUUGGACGCUCAGCAGAAAGGGGAGAUUAACGAGGAUAACGUUCUUUACAUUGUCGAGAACAUCAAUGUUGCCGCAAUUGAAACAACACUGUGGUCGAUUGAGUGGGGAAUUGCAGAGCUUGUGAACCAUCCACAAAUCCAGAGGAAGCUCAGGAAUGAGCUCGACACUGUGCUCGGACCUGGUGCACAGGUCACAGAGCCCGACAUUCAAAAACUGCCUUACCUUCAGGCCGUGGUCAAAGAGACUCUCAGACUCCGAAUGGCAAUUCCUCUCCUUGUCCCUCACAUGAACCUCAAUGAUGCAAAGCUAGGAGGUUAUGACAUUCCUGCUGAGAGCAAGAUCUUAGUCAAUGCUUGGUGGCUCGCAAACAACCCUGCCAACUGGAAGAAACCAGAGGAAUUCCGACCGGAGAGGUUCUUGGAAGAGGAGUCGAAAGUCGAAGCCAAUGGCAACGACUUCCGAUACCUUCCUUUCGGUGUUGGAAGAAGGAGCUGCCCAGGCAUCAUUCUGGCAUUGCCCAUAUUGGGUAUUACCAUAGGACGUUUGGUUCAGAAUUUUGAGCUGUUGCCUCCACCAGGACAGUCAAAGAUUGACACAGCAGAGAAGGGUGGGCAAUUCAGUUUGCAUAUUUUGAAGCACUCCACCAUUGUUUUAAAACCAAGGUCAUUUUAAAAUGAAGAUGUAAUUGCUCAUUCUAUGUUCGAUCACAGACACGUUAGUGAGAUUUUGAAUGUUGGGAUUUUGUUUUAAAAAUGUGGUGAUUAUGAAUAUAUGUUGUUGCAUGACAAUGUAAAAAAUGUUGCACUGUAUUUUAAUAAGUUUGAGACGAGUCUCAUUCUCUUA